CUUUCUUUGUUGUUAUUAUGUAUGUAGAUGUAAAUGAUGAAGAUAAUCAAACAGCAGUAGUGAAGAUGGCGAACGGUUUCAGUUCCACCACCACCACCACCACCAACGGCUUACAGGACGACGAAUCCAUCACGUCGCCGCUUCUCCUCCUCCGCCGCUCCGCCUCCAACACCACCUCUCAGAUUGCCAUCGUCGGCUCCAAUCCCUGUCCUAUCGAAAGCCUCGACUACGAGAUCAUAGAGAAUGACGUCUUCAAGCAAGAUUGGCGCAGCCAAAGUAAAUCCCAGAUAUUCCAGUACAUAUCUAUGAAAUGGAUCCUUUGUUUCGUUAUUGGUAUCGUGGUCAGUCUCAUCGGUUUCUUCAAUAACCUAGCUAUUGAGAACAUUGCUGGUGUGAAGUUUGUUAUCACCUCCAACAUGAUGUUCGCCAACAGGUACUGGGCAGCAUUUUUUAUAUUUGCAGCAGCAAACUUAGGCCUUACCUUGUUUGCUGUUUUGAUAACAACUUUAAUAGCACCAGAGACUACUGGAUCAGGCAUACCAGAAGUUAAGGCUUAUUUAAAUGGUGUUGAUGCACCUGCCAUAUUCUCGUUUAGAACUUUGUUAAUUAAGAUUGUUGGCACUAUUGCUGCGGUGUCAUCAUCUCUUAAUGUUGGCAAGGCGGGGCCCAUGGUGCAUACUGGCGCAUGCAUUGCAGCUUUAACAUGCCAGGGUGGAUCAAAGAAAUACGGGUUGACAUGGAAAUGGUUUAGAUUUUUCAAUAAUGAUAGAGACAGACGUGAUCUUGUAACUUGUGGAUCAGCUGCUGGAAUUGCUGCUGCUUUUCGUGCCCCUGUUGGUGGUGUACUUUUUGCUCUCGAAGAAAUGGCAUCUUGGUGGAGAAGUGCCCUUUUGUGGAGAGCUUUCUUUUCAACUGCAGUUGUUGCAAUAUUGCUUAGGGGUCUAACUGAUAUAUGCUUGAGUGGAAAAUGUGGACCGUUUGGGACUGGGGGCUUGAUAAUGUUUGAUGUUACUGAGGCAGAUAUAACCUAUCAUCUCAUCGAUGUGCCCCCAGUUCUUCUUCUUGGUGUCAUUGGGGGCAUUGCAGGGGGUCUGUACAAUUUUUUACUGGGUAAAAUUCUCCGACUUUACAAUUUAAUCAACGAGAAAGGCACUAUAUAUAAAGUACUCCUUGCAUGCACGGUUUCAAUUAUCACUUCCUGUCUCUUAUUUGGAUUACCAUGGUUUGCAUCGUGCCGGCCUUGUCCAGCUGACGCAUCUGAACCGUGUCCUACAAUCGGGCGAUCUGGCAGCUACAAGAAUUUCCAAUGCCAACCCAACGAAUAUAACGAACUAGCAAGUCUUUUCUUCAACACAAACGAUGAUGCAAUCAAAAACUUAUUUAGCAAGGACACAGACACAGAGUUUCACCCGACAUCGGUUCUAAUAUUCUUUAUCACCUGCUUUUUUCUCAGUGUCUUCAGUUACGGUAUUGUUGCACCCGUUGGUCUUUUCAUACCCAUAAUUGUAACGGGUGCAUCUUACGGACGUCUUGUUGGGCUUUUAAUUGGAUCAACUUCUAAUCUAAACCAUGGGCUAUUUGCUGUUCUGGGUGCUGCUUCACUUCUUGGUGGAUCAAUGAGAAUGACGGUUUCAUUGUGUGUUAUUCUUCUAGAAUUAACCAACAACUUGUUGUUACUACCACUUAUAAUGUUGGUGCUUCUUGUUUCCAAAACCGUUGCUGAUGCUUUUAAUGGAAAUGUUUACGACCAAAUAAUGAAGUUUAAAGGGUUUCCUUAUUUAGAAACCCAUGCCGAACCGUACAUGAGACAGCUAACCGUUAGUGAUGUUGUUUCGGGCCCACUUCGUGUAUUCAACGGGAUUGAGCUCGUUGCUAAUAUUGUUCAUGUUCUAAAAACAACUGGUCACAACGGGUUUCCUGUAGUUGACGAGCCUCCAUAUUCUGACGCACCAGUUUUAUACGGGCUGAUUCUUCGGUCCCAUCUUAUUACAUUAUUAAAGAAGAAGGCUUUUUAUGUUAUUCCAACUGUAACAGAUGUGGAUGCUGUAGAGAAAUUUUCAUCAAAUGAUUUUGCGAAAAAGGGUCUUGGAAGUGCAGAAAAAAUUGAAGAUAUUGAAUUGACUGAAGAAGAGAUGGAAAUGUUUGUUGAUUUGCAUCCUUUUACUAAUGCUUCACCUUAUACUGUUGUUGAGACCAUGUCACUCGCGAAAGCCCUUACACUUUUCAGGGGUGUCGGUUUAAGACACUUAUUAGUUGUGCCCAAGACUUCCGGGAGACUGUCUGUGGUUGGUAUAUUGACAAGACAUGAUUUCAUGCCUGAACAUAUACUAGGUCUGCACCCAUUGUUGGCAAGAAGCAAAUGGAAAAGAUUAAGACUCAAAUUCCCUCUUUGGGACAAACUCUUCUCCUCAAGUUCAGAUUAAAUCAUCAAUCAUAUCUGUAUUGAGGAGGCUAAAUCAGGUCAGUCAAUAUUAUCUUUUAGUUAUAUAUUUGGUAUAUAUGUGGACUUGUUCUUUUCACCAAGACUCUUUUUUUUACUUAUAAUUUUCACUUUAAUAUUGUUCAUAUUUAAGCAAAUAAUGCAUGAGCUUUUUUAACUUA